AUGGGUUACGGAUUUCGAAUUUCGACACCCCCUCACGCCACAUAUUCACAACUUCCUUCAGUACCACUCGACCCCGAGGCUUCCAGCCCUACUUCGUCCACCUCCACCUUCACUGAGCCUUCCGCCUCAAGCUCGCUCAAACACCCCUUACUCGCUCGGUGUCUUCCGUGCUCACAUAGAACACGACGACGAUGUGUCCUCCUCCUCAUUGCCACACUUCUCUGCACGUCCGUGUCCGCCAUCCUUUUCUUCACGCCGCUUCCGAAAUACGCCGUCCAGCUCACCGCUCCAAUACGGUUCCCGCCUACGUACGAGAGUUAUCGGGAGAGAGAGGAGAAGCUGGUUAGGAGCGUGAACGGGGAUCCAAAGGUGGAGCCGCUUCGACCGGGAGUGAAGUAUUUCUUCCCGGAGAAACAUGUUCAUGGAGUUGGAAUUGGCAAUGCUAUUCAAGAACUUUUUCUGAACGCUCUCGUGGCGCAUGCUAGCAACCGGUCAUUCGUCUGGGACGACUACACCUGGUCAGAAGACCCAGAACCGUACUCACAAUGGGGCGACAACUGGAUUCCGUCUCGUAUACCGCUCUCUGUCCUCAUCGACGGCCCUAUGGUUGGGAAACCAUUUCCUUCAGGCGACUAUACCCCUCGGGCCGUGACAAAGUCGUAUUUUCAUGAAGUUUGCAAGGAAUUAGGGGGCGUGCAAUACCUCGAUACGGAGGAGAUGAAUAAAGAUAUGUGGUGGGACGAGAAUUACAGCGUAUUGGAUAUUUUGAACGUUUGGGUGGAGAAGUUGAAUUCGAUGGAUGCAGCCUGUGUGUCGACGGGCGGGAGUACGAAAGUGCUCUGGGAAUAUUGGUUCUUCGGGAAUCGACGAUACUGGCCUGUAUGGCCCAUUCUCCGUGAUUCACCACUCAUCACCCACUUCAGCUGGUCUCCCCUCGUCCUCCUAGGCAUCGAAGCCAACAAAGAACUCCUCGGACUCCCCCGCCUUCCCUUCUUCUCCGACCUCCAACCACCACUCUCCUUCUCUCAUUCCCUCUCAUCCAUCGGCCUCAGAGCUCUCAAAGACGAACAAUUCGACAUCAUACCCGGUCUACUCGUUCUCCACGUCCGUCGAGGCGACUUUUCGUACCAUUGCGAUGGUCUGGCGCAUUGGGGCUCGGAUUGGCAAGGGAUCAUACAGCUGGCGACGGAUGGAAUGCCGGAUACGUUCGAGCGGGAGAAACCGACGCCGGAGCAUUGGGAGGAGGGAAAGUAUGAGACGGACGUGUUGCCGGUUUAUAAACGGCGGUGUUAUCCCACUAUCGAACAGAUCGUACAUCGAGUUCGCGAGAUUCGACUCGAGCAUCCGAGGUUGAAUCGGAUAUACGUCAUGACGAAUGGAAAACACGACUGGUUGCAGGAACUUCGCCUCUCUCUUCUCAUAGACUCGGACUCUCAUUUCAUAAACGUUGGAUCGGAGGAGGAGGUAGAAGAGUUGAAGCUGGAAAAAUGGGAAGAGGUGAAGACGAGUCGGGAUAUGAUUCUGGAUUGGGAUCAGAAGCAUGUGUCUGUGAGCGUGGAUGCGGCGAUUGCGAUGCGCGCGGAUGUUUUGAUUGGGAACGGUUGGAGUUCGUUGAGUGGAGAUGUUAUCAUGUUGAGGAUGGCGAAGGGGGUACCGAGGGAGAAUAAUAGAUUAUGGUGA